AUGUCUCUGACACCUCUCUCAUCCCUCCGCGUCUCCAAACAUCUCAUCCCAUCUCACAACCUAAUCCCCAAUUGCAACACCCACCAAAAACCCCUUCUUCACUACCACGCCGCCUUCAAACCCCCCAUAACCGCAUCAAAGAUAGAAUCGCACCUAACCUCAAUUAACGUCGUAACACCACAGUGGCGCUACACAAUGGUUCUCUGCAUAAGCCACGGCAGAGCCCGCUUAUGCUUUGGUGGCGAGGAUAAUGAGGGGAGGGUUGAGCCGGUGGUGGAAACGGGCGAUGUUGUUAUUGUCCCCGCGGGAGUGGGGCAUCGGUUGCUGGAGGAUCUGGAGGGCGGGUUUGAAAUGGUGGGGAGUUAUCCAACGGGGUGUGAUUGGGAUAUGUGCUAUGGGAAGAAGGGUGAGGAGGACAAGGUGAAUGCGAUUAAGAACGUGGAGUGGUUUCGGAAAGAUCCUAUCUACGGGGAUGAAGGGCCAGCUACAAAGGUUUAAGCACGAGUCACGUUUGUGGCAUGUGCCGUGGCUUCGGGAGCAUCGAGU